AGUCUCUUCAAACCGGUGUAUCAAUCCGAAAAGCUAUAAAUGGAUGUCGAGCGCUUACAUCAAGAAUUAGUCUAGUUUAGAGCGGGCAAGGUUAAGGUGCUUUGGGUUAACCAUGAGGUGGAAAGAGCUGUCCUGGUCCGUGAUUGUAGUGCUAGUGUUCUACGUUUCCGCUGGUGAUGCUUUCGAAAGCUAUCGGUUACCCAACACCACAAUUCCAACUCAUUACGAUUUAUUCAUUAACACCGAGUUCCACAACGAUGACUUGGACUACAACGGAACGGUGAAGAUCGUCAUCAGCGUGCUGGAAGAUACCAAGCAAAUAGUUUUGCACAGUUCUCGAAGUAUUUUGGUGAACGUCGAACUGAAGAACGACAACCAGCUACCCCUCGCGAUAGUGAACUACGAGUUUGACAACGACCGAGAAUUCCUGAUCGUAAAUACGGCUAGUGUUCUGCCGGGAGGCAGUUACGUGGUGCUGGAAAUCGAUUUCCUCAAUAGUAUCAAUAGGACCGAUCAGGCGGGAUUUUACCGGACGACCUACACGGCCGACGAUGGUACGCUGAAGUACGCCGGAGUGACACAGUUCCAGGCGUGCGAUGCCAGGUCGGCUUUUCCGUGCUACGACGAGCCUGGACUUAAGGCUACGUUCGACGUGCGAAUUGCGUGCGGGGUGGAUUAUCAUGCCAGGUCCAACGCGGAGAUCGCAAGUAUUUCCAUACUUCCCGAAGGCAAAAAGCUCGUAACCUUCAAACGAACGCCCCCGAUGCAGUCCUACCUGUUGGCCUUCCUGGUAUCCGAUUACGCCGUGCAGCGAGACUUUGCCAACGCCAUGAAGAAGAUAGCCGUUCAAUCGAUGGCCCGCCCCACCCGUGCCAGUCAGUUAUCCUUCUCGUUGGACGCCUCCGUCAAGCUCAUCGACGAGCUGCAAACGUACUUCGAUCAUCCGUACGAGAUGAGCAAAAUCGACAGCGUCGGCAUCCCGAAUAGUGACUUUUCCGCCGGAGCGAUGGAGAACUGGGGCUUGGUGACGUACCUGGAAUCAUACUUCCUGAUUGGUGAAUCUAGUUCUGAUAACAAUCGGCGAUCGGUUUCGACCGUCAUUGCUCACGAAUUUGCUCACCAGUUCUUCGGGAACCUGAUGGCACCCAAGUGGUGGUCUUAUCUGUGGAUGAACGAGGGCUUCGCUACGCUGUAUGAGUAUUACCUGGCUGAUCGGACGCAUCCGGAGUUGCUGAUCAAGCAACGAUUCUCCAGUAGUGCGCUACAGUCCGCUCUGCAGGCGGAUGCCAGUGCUACAGUGCGAUCGAUGACUCACUACGUGGAAACUGUUGAGGAGAUUAAUCGACUGUUCGAUCGAAUCGCGUACGAGAAAUCAGGAAGUGUUCUUCGGAUGAUGCAUUACGCCCUAGGGGAAUCAACAUUCGUGAAAGGCUUGAAGCACUACAUCAAACAACGUCAAAAUUCUGUUGUGGUCCCUCAGUAUCUCUUCGACAGCCUUCAAAAGGUAGCUGCUGAGGAAGGAGUUCUUCCACCAAAUGCAUCAAUGACCAUGAUCAUGGAAUCGUGGUCGAACCAACCGGGAGCCCCAGUGGUGACAGUCACCCGACAACCUGGAACCGAUGACGUGAUCUUCACUCAGAAGCGAUUCUUCUCAACAACUCAACCGACGGAAAACGAUCAGACCUGGUGGAUUCCGAUUUUCAUGUACACCAACAGUAGUGGCGGUGCUCAUGAGAAGACUCCACUGUUCUGGAUUCCUCAAGGAUCCAAGCAGGUUACCCACAAAAUACCUAUCGAACAAGAUGAUGUGUUUCUGAUCAAUCCAGCUCAAACUGGGUAUUACCGAGUCAACUAUGAUGAACAAACGUGGAGCACACUCAUAAGCAUUCUCAAAACGAAUCCGACAUCUCUGGAUCCAGUAACCCGAGGGCAGCUCAUCGACGACUCCAUGAACUUAGCCAACGCCGGCCUGUUAGAUCACGACAAGGCUUUCCAUAUCUUGGACCACCUCCGUAACGAGACAAACUUUUUCGCAUGGAAAUCUGCCUACCGGAACAUUCUCGAUCUGGAGAAACUGCUCGCCGUCGAUCCAGAAGCUCUCGAACUGUUCCGCAAAUACCUCCUGGGGUUGGUUGACAAUUUGUACGCCGUUCACGGCACCGAGAAGCGCAAAGAUCAGCACACCAACGAUCACGACGCGCAACUGAUCGCGAUCGAUCUGGCCUGCCGUGUCGGGCAGCAGGCGUGCCUGGAUCAAGCCAUGAACAAGCUGAACGUGCUGCAGCAGAGGACAAUGCUGGCCAUACGAUCGGAAGCUGAACAAAAGCUGUACUGCCAUGGGCUGCGAACGGGGAAGGAGACUGAGCUGGAUAAGUUCACCGAAGCGUUCGAGCUGGAAGAUGAUGCGCGGGGUCGAAGGUAUUUGGUGGAAUCGAUGGCUUGCGUUGGUAGCCGCGGGGAGCUGGAACGGGUGUUGGAGUUCUUGGUGGAACAGAAUCGAGAGGUUGAACGGUUUUUGGAGGUGGCUGCAGAGCAGGGAGUUGGUGGAUUUACUGUGGUUACCGAAUUUCUCACUCGGGAAAAGGACCACGUGGAUGAAAUAUUUGGCAGCAAACGAAGUAUGGAGAAACUCCUGAACAAACUUGCUGAUCGGAUCGUUGAUCAAGAGAAUGCUGAUCGGCUGCGUCUGAUGAUGAAGGUUUUGCCGGUUUCUUCGACUUUUGCUGCCAACAUCAGCAACCGACUGGAAGAGCAGAUCCGUUGGCAGGAGCACAAUUUGCCACGAAUUCAAAAAGUUCUGCAAGGGUACGCGUAGAGCAUCGAUACACACGUUUCCGAUAGAAUAAUGCUUUAUGGUAAACACGGCCGUGGUAAGCGAUACGGUACACUUU